ACGUCACCCUUGUCAAUAAACAAAGCACGUGUUUUGAGUUAAGUGGUAAUGCAGUUGAUGAUUGGUCUGGGUUGUCCUUAUUGUCCCAUUUGCAAUUGCCAUUGUUUCCGGGUUGGAGGAGCCAGACUAGCGAGAGAAAAGGAGAAAAGCCAUCCAUAACCGCCCUUCAAAAGGGGGCUUGACUGGCAGUUCCCUUCGUGCGGGCAAGAUGCGGGUGUCCAACGCCAAUGACGUCAAGAUCUACGACUUGAGUGCCGGCAAAUCCAUUCCGGAUUGGUUGGCCGAGCGCAAGCGUCGCAAGUUGGCUCGGAAAGACAGCGGGGGCUCGAGCACGGGUCGCCAUAUUCAGCUCCUCCAAGAGUUCGAGAUGCCGUCCGUGUCGAACCAAGUCAAGAUCUCGGACGAUGGCCAUUAUGUGGCGGCCAUCGGGACCUACAAACCCCGUCUGCGAUGCUACGACACCGACCAAUUGGGCAUCAAAUUCGAGCGAUGCUUCGAUUCCGAGCCGCUCAAAUUCGACAUCUUGUCCCAGGACUACGCCAAAAUGGUGUUUCUCCAAUGUGAUCGAUUCGUCGAGAUCCACGCCCAAUUCGGGCGAUACUAUCGCCUGCGGAUUCCGCGAUUUGGACGCGAUCUGAGUUAUCAUCCGCAAACCUGUGACACUUAUUUCGUGGGCGACGGAUCCGAGAUUCAUAGACUCAACUUGGAGCAAGGACGCUUCUUAAAUCCUUAUGUGAGUCAAGGCUCGGGUCUGAAUGUGUGCGAAAUCAACCCCGAGCAUCAGCUUCUCACCGUGGGCACCAUCGAAGGCCAAAUCGAGGCCUGGGACCCGCGCUCGCGUCAACGGGCCGGCCUGCUCGACUGUGUCCAAGGCUACGACGCUGCCGAUCUCGAACCCGCCUCUUCCGUGCCCGAAGUCACGGCCUUGGCCUUCAAAGACGGCCUCACCAUGGGCGUCGGCCUCUCCACCGGUCACGUGAUGCUCUACGACAUCCGAUCGUCCAAGCCCCUUCUCGUGAAGGAUCACAUGUACGGCACAUCCAUCAAAAAGAUCGCCUUCCACGACACGCACGAUCACGUACUGAGUCUGGACGCCAAGGUGGUCAAGAUCUGGGACCGACAGACGGGCCAGGCCUACGCCUCGAUCGAGUCCGAGUCCGAACUCAACGAUCUGGCCAUCUACCCGAGCUCAGGCUUGUUGUUUCUGGCCAAUGAGCAGCCCAAGAUGCAGGUCCACUAUCUGCCCAGUUUAGGUCCGGCUCCUCGGUGGUGUUCGUUCUUGGACAGCUUGACCGAGGAGCUCGAGGAGAGCUCAAUCGCCGAGGUCUAUGACGAUUACAAAUUCGUGACGCGUCAACAAUUGGACGACCUCGGUUUGGAGCACUUGAUUGGGACCACCUUGCUUCGAGCAUACAUGCACGGCUACUUCAUGGAUGUCCGGCUCUUCCGAAAGGCCCAAUCCUUGGCUGAGCCCUACACUUUGGACCGCUUCAUGCAGGACAAGAUCCAGAAGAAGAUGGAGGAGAAACGCGAGAAGCGCAUCCAGGUGAACAAAGCGAAAUUGCCCUCGGUGAACAAGGAUCUGUUCUUGAAGUUGAAGGACAAGGAAUCCGCUCAAGCUGCGGGCAAGAAGGUCAGUAAGAAGCGGGCCGCCGAGGGCAAUCUGCUUGAGGACGAUCGUUUCAAGGCCAUCUUCGAAGACUCGCGAUUCCAAGUGGAUCCCACGGAGGAGACGUACAAGUUGUUGAACCCGGUGGUUUCCAAAUUAGACGACAAGACCAAAGCACGAUUGGAGAAGCAGUUCGCUCAAGUGGAUGAUGAUCCUUUGAGUGAUGACGAGGAGGACAACUUGUUGACGAGGAACUCGGAUAUCGAAGAUUCCUCGGACGACUCGUCUUCGGAAGAUGACCUGGAGACUGUUCAAAGGAUCAAGGACACGCAUCGAUCCGUGAGACAAGAGCAGAAAGAUGAUGCCGAGCGAGAGAAAUACGAGAAGUAUGUGGCCAGCAAAGUCAAGUUCUACGAAUUGAAGGAAGGCGAGGCCUUGGGCCAGAAAGUGAAGAAACGCGACAAGAAGAGCCUGGAGGAUCGUCUCCAAAGUGAAGAUAUGAGUGAGGUGGUUUCCCAGGGUAAAGGCCAUAGCAUGACCUUCACCUCAUCCAAAUCCAAGAAGCAACUACAAACUGAACAGAAGAAUAAACAACACAUGAAGGAGCGACAAUCGGUCAGGAGAUCCGUCGGAGCGCUGAAGAAUCGUCACAAGAAAGGUUUUUGAUGAGGUCAUUUGUUAUUGUUGGACAUAUGACAAUAAAAGAAAUGUAUUUAGACGUCA